AUGGGCACCCCCGGCUGGCCAGCCUGGCACACUGACGGCACCCUGCCUGCCUCCCCAGCCUGGCUGACGGUGGGCAUCUCCUCGAGGUCCUGGCUGGACCGCAGCAGCCUCUUGUCCACACUGCUGUCCCUGUUCCGAGCCACCUCGAAGGCGGAGCAGAAGCACCUCACGGUGCUGGUCCACCUGGCGGACCUGAACCUCCCCGAGCUCAGAGAGACAGUCUUCCACCUUUCAAGCCUCUUCAGCCCCCAGCUCCUGGCGGGGCAGCUGCUGCUGAUCCACGCACCACCCGAUGCCUACCCCGAGGAGGUGAGCAUCAGGGGCCCGGCCUGGCACCCAGACAAUGUGUUCUCCAGGCAGAACUUGGAGCACGCCUACCUCGUGAGCUCCGCUGCCAGGCUCUCGGAAUACUUCCUGCUGCUGGAGGACAACGCCUUCUGUGCCCCCAGCUUCCUCAGCCACAUUCAGUGGAAGGUGGACACCAUGAAGCCUGAGCCCUGGGUGCUCCUGGAAUUCUCCAACAUGGGCUUCCUGGGCAAACUCUUCCACAGCAGGGACCUCCCGGUCCUGGCCCACUUCCUCCUCCUCUUCUACACGGAGAAGCCCCUCGACAGACUCAUCCCUCAUUUCCGCACCCUCCUGGCCCAGAAGGACCCCAUCCUCUGCCGCCCUUUCCUCUUCUACCAGAGGAACUCCUUCCAGGCCUCUAACAACAGCUGGAAGGCCUCCGAUGCGCAGAGGAAGAGCCCCCGAGGUCCCCACAACCCCCCGGGAGCCGUUUUCACUGACAUGAAGGUUUUUGAUGUGCAUUUCCCCUGGGAGGCCUACACGCUGGACGAGUCCUUCUUCUGGACCCACGGAGUCAGGGCAGGAAACCACCUGACGGUCAUUCUGAACCAGUCGGCCAACUUGAGACGCGUGCAGGUGCUGACUGGCACCAUCGUGGGGGACCCAUGCCCUGGAGAAGGGGCAGGUGGAGCUGGGCUACAACCCCGAGGGGGUGCCCCAGCACUGCACCAGCUUCGUCCUGCUGGGCCGGCUCUGGGAAGGGCAGCUGGAUCAGGAGAUAUGGCCGAGGAGCAUGGGGUACGAUGUGAGCUGUGUGAGGCUGAUGGUCAACACCGAUCAGAACUUCUGGGCUGGUCCUCCACCGGACACCCCUGGAGGUGGAGGCUGCCCUGCCAGAUCUCGGAAGGAAGGAGACGCCCCAGCCUGCUGCCAGGGCAGGCCCCCAUGUCAUAG